AUGGAAAAUUUGAAAGAUGCUAUCAGACUACUCAGGAGAGGGAGCUAUUUGGCAACGCUGGACCUCAAAGACGCAUAUUUCUUGGUACCUAUUCACCCAGAUUCCAAAAAAUUUCUUCGUUUCUCCUAUAAUGGUCAACUUUAUGAAUUCAAUUGUCUUCCCUUUGGGCUCAAUGCAGCCCCUUAUGUUUUCACCAAGCUCCUAAAACCGGUAGCUCACAGGUUCAGAUCUCAGGGCAUUCUAUCAGUUUUUUAUCUCGACGACAUCCUACUUAUGGGUCAAUCCGCCCACCAGUGUCAGAAAAAUCUUGAAGUGGCUUGUAAAAUCUUGACAUCCUUAGGGCUUAUAUUAAAUAUUCCGAAGUGUCAACUAUCUCCGAAGACAUCACUCAAGUUUCUCGGUUUUAUUAUUGAUUCAGAGAAGUUUACGAUAGAACUUCCGGACCAGAAGCGAAGGUUGAUAAUUGAUCUCGUAAAUAAAUUUCUGAAGACAUCAUCUUGUCGGAUUCGAGAGCUCGCAAAAUUCAUAGGCACACUGGUCUCCGCGUGUCAAGCAGUUGAGUAUGGUCCUGUUUAUGUAAAGGUUUUAGAGAGAGAAAAAUUGAAAGCUCUCCGGAGGGUUGACAAAGACUAUUCUAGGAGGAUGAUUCUAUCAGAUAAGAUCAAGCCGGAUUUACUUUGGUGGCUCGAGGUUAUUCCUAGAUGUAGUCGGCUCAUCAGGAAUUCACUUUUUUCUCUUGAAAUCUUCAGUGACGCGUCGCUUACAGGUUGGGGUGCAUUCUGUGAGGGGGAGAGUACCGGUGGAUGGUGGUCUGAUGCUGAGAAGCAACUUCACAUCAAUAUUCUCGAACUUAAAGCAGCCCUUCUAGGCUUGAAGUGCUUUGCAUCCUCUCUCACUUCCUGUCAGAUUCUUCUACGUAUAGACAAUACAACCGCCAUUGCUACAAUCAACAAGAUGGGUAGUGUUCAGUUCAAUAAACUUAAUACAGAAUCGCGAAGACUAUGGCAAUGGUGCGAGGAGAGGAGUCUGUGGGUAUUUGCAUCUUACAUUCAGUCCAAGGAAAAUUUUGAGGCUGAUGCAGAGUCGAGGAAACUACCCACUGACACGGAAUGGGAAUUAGCGAGCUGGGCAUUCUCUAGAAUCAAUAAUAGUUUUGGCCCUUUUGAGGUGGAUCUUUUUGCAUCAUAUCUAAAUCACAAAUGUGAGAACUAUGCAGCCUGGAGGAGAGAUCCGGGUGCGAUGGUAAUAGAUGCCUUUACCAUUAGUUGGUCGGAUAUUUACUUCUAUGCAUUCCCACCCUUUAGUGUUAUCUCAAGGGUGCUUCAGAAAAUUUUAGAUGAUGAAGCUGAAGGAGUCAUUGUCGUUCCAUACUGGUCAACUCAGUGCUGGUUUCCAUUGAUCCAGAUGAUGAAGACAUCUGAUCCAGAAGAGUCAUCCCCUCCAGAGAACCCUUACCCUGGCCGCGAUCAGAUUGUCCGGCAAGCCUACAUGAGCAGAGGAACACCAGAGGUGGCAAUUCCAGUGGUUAUGGCUUCUAUUUCAAGUGGCACGCUCAAACAAUCUGCUCUAGCGUUUCUGGCGGAUGUGUCAUUGGGUGAAGACCCUUUAAUUCAACGUUUUUUCAAGGGACUCAGUGUCUUAAGACCAUCGCAGCCCAAGUAUGAUUACACUUGGAAUCCUAAGUCAGUCCUAUUGUCUAUUGAAAAAUGGCCUGACAAUUCAGAAUUAUCUCUAAAGCAACUAUCUAAGAAGCUAAUUACAUUGUUAGCACUAACAACUGCUCAUCGGAUCCAGUCUCUGUCCACGAUCAAGAUUGAUAAUAUUGACACACAGAAUGACAUUGUUCACAUCAAAAUACCUGAUAGAAUCAAGACAUCUGCAAGAAUUCGCCCAAAUCCAUUGAUUGAAUUGCCUGUUUUUCGAGCUCAGCCGUCGUUAUGUGUGGUAUCUACGUUAAGGGCAUACAUGGAUAGAACUAAGAUGCUUCGUUCAUCAUCGGAUCUAUUUAUUUCUACCAGAAAACCCCACGAGCCAGCGUCAAAACAAACGAUCAGCAACUGGUUAAAAGAAGCUCUAGCAGAGUGUAACAUUGACACUAAGGUCUUCACAGCACAUAGCACUCGUCAUGCAUCGACCUCUUUGGCUGCUUUGAAGGGUAUAAACAUAGAGACUAUCGGAAAGACUGCAGGUUGGACUGCUGAAUCUUCAGUUUUUGCUCGUUUUUACAAUCGUCCAAUUCUCGAAUCUGAGAGUUUCGCUAGAGCUAUAAUUGAGUCAGCUCAUGAUUAA